CGUAUGCUGUCACCACAACAUGAGCCCUUUUCAGAAACUUUUGCUAUUGGGGUGUUUCGCAUCUUUAAUUUGGCUAUACUCGAGUUUGUUUAACGUUGGGCACAAAGAACAGGAGUGCUUCUUAUUUUGCCAAGAUAUAGCAGGUAACAAACUUGCCGCUCCACGACCAAAAGAAAACCAAGCUUCUAUGGACGACUUUCUCGCUCUCCUUCAGGAUUGUCUAAAACCAACCAGUAUGAAGCUAGAUAAGUAUCGAGGAAGACUUAAUGUUCAUCGCUGGUUCGAUAGUUGUACAUGUGGAUAUUCUAUAGACAGAGCAAUGAGAAUCUACUCGAAAUUCCCAGCAGAACCAGAGUUCGAGUCCACCAUCAAUAGUUCGGAAAUAAUAUUGAAUGGGAUGGAGUACAGUCAGCGAGUAUUUGGUUAUGUGACUCCCGAGAUAACAGGCCAAUACAGAUUUGCAGUAAGCUCAGAUGAUAACUCAGAGCUUUGGAUCAGUCGGGACUCCAGUCCAAGAAACGURGAGCUGUUUGCAAGCGUUGGUGAUCCUGACUCAACUAAUGGAGCUGCGACAAUACCAAGAAACUUCCGUGAUUACAAAAAUCAAAUAUCACAAAUAAUCAAUCUUACAGCUGGACAAGACUAUUACCUUGAGGCUCUUCAUCGAAACCAGGGUGGUAAUGGACACCUCACUAUAGCUUGGCAGACACCAGGAAUGAAGGACAACGACUUUACUGUGAUUGAUGCCAAACUUUUGUCUUUAUAUUUGCAUCCCAUUGUCGAUCACGAACAAGUGGCAUACGUACUCAGCACGUGUCCCUACGAUCCUACCUACAUACCAAAACAUAACGUCGGUGUAUUCGAGGGAGCUAAUUAUUUUAUGGUCAAGCAUUCAGAGAUUUAUCCAGACGAUAAAACUUCAUUAUUUUCAAGCGUCAGAAACAUAAUUAUCGAUAAGAAGGCCAAUCAUUCAGAUAUUUAUCCAGACGAUAAAACUUCGAUAUUUUUACACAUCGGAAACAUAAUAAUCAAUAAGAAGGAAGUCGAAGAGGUUGUCAAAGAAUACAUGGACAAGUUAAAGAAAGUUAAAGGAGAUUUGUACAAGUUGAAACAAAUUCUGAACGUGGAGAAAAAACCUGACCGUGUAAAAGGAAGUCGUUAUCUGCUGGAGCUGGAACUUAGUGUUCAAGGAAAAAGUGAAUCAGUGCUGCUCUCUGAAUACGUCUACAAGUUCAGCAAGGAAUACAACAAGGUCCAUAUUGAAACGACUAGUGAACUUUGCUACCCCGAGGGAAUGGUGUGGAGCAAAGACACCAAGAUUUAUAUUAUAUUGCCAGUUCUUAAUUAUGGCUAUUGGGUCAAGUAUUUCAUAGAUGAACUGUGCAAGGUACAACACUUAAAGGCGUUUUUCUGUAUUGCCAUGAUUUCUUUUUAUAUGUUAAUGAAGUUGUUGGCUGCCCAAAAAGCGUCGCCGAAUCCCCACACCCAUUUCUGUCACACUCUAUUAUUAAAAGUCACUAUUAAGAGAAGAAAAAAUACUGAAGGGAAUGUUACGCCAAUACUUCACUGCCCUAUCAGGAGCCCAUUAUUAGGAGCAUCCAACUUCCUUACUGGGUCUGUGAGCCACCAUACUAUUAUACAAUACACACUCCCAUCGCUAGCAAUAAACUUCUCGUUACAUUUUGAAUUCAAUUUGAUAUUGAAAUGGCAAUUUUGUUUCAGUUUUACAUUCUUGAAAAAGGGUGGAAGAUUCUUCAAAACUGAAGCAAUAAAUGAAGGAGCCGCUACAGUCAAGGACCCAAAUAGUAUAAUAUUUCUUAUGGAUUUGCACAUCACAGUUCCGCCAUGUUUCUUUGACAUCAUAAGGAAGCACACGAUAAAAGGGAAGUUGUGUUUCUUCCCCAUGCUCCUCAGGCUCGCAUGUUCUGCUUCUGAUAUCUACCCACAAGGUCAAUGGGAUACUCCGGGUUAUGGCUUACUUAGUAUUUUUAAACAAGACUGGGAUUCCUUUGGUGGAGAAGACGUGGAAAAGUUCAGAUACAGAUGGGGUGGUGAGGAUUGGGACCUAUUGGACAGGGUAUUAAAUUCCAGGAUAGAAACUGAGAGAUUUAAAUGGCAAAAGCUCUUUCAUUUUCCACACGCUAAAAAAGGCGCCUGGUACAAUAAGGGAUAACAUAACAUUCACGACACAAACGUGUAACGUUAAUUAACCAUUGUCGAUCGAAAAAUUCUUUUUAAUUACUUAAUGACAAAAAAUCCAAGCAGUAUAAAAAGAGAAAAAUAUUUUUGCUUUAAAGAGAAAGUUUGCAAUAGCUGAAAUAAAAUACAGGAAAACGAUGAAAACGUGUUCACGGCGUUUGCGGUUUGCGCGAAGGAAAAAAACGUCAAUCUAAAACUCUCUCACUAGGUUAUAUCAGUAUGAUUGUUUUGAAAUUAUAACUGUCGUGUGUUUCAUAAGAUACAGCUAUGACUUCAAAACAAGGUUGAAGGAGCGAACGGCGAUAGGUAAUAAGCGAUAGGCAAUAAGUGAUAGGAGAUAGGUCAUUCUAAGAUGCAAGAGAAUAGCUGAAAAGACUAGUAUUUCUUUUCAUUAUUCUUGUCAAUAACACAGAUGUUGUUGUAGUUGAGAUAUUUAGAAGUGUUCACAUAGUCGACGAAACCAUUUAAAACCCCUCGAUUAUUCGUGCUUAGAUGCAUGCCCAUAGUGCCUUUCGGUCAUGCAACCGUCAAUCAACGAUCGCUAUAUUUACCGUUCACCCCUGUCCAGGGGCGGAUCCAGGAAUUUGUUCAGGGAGGGGUGCAGCUCACAAAGUUAA